UUGUAAACACUCAUAUAGAGCGUGUCGGAGGCUGGCCGCUUGUGUCAAGCUCUUUUUCUUUAAUUUUAAAAAUAUUUAUAUAGUUAAUAACUUUAGAGUGAUAAUUAACAAAUUCAAAAACUGAUUGCAAGUGUGUAAAGUGAAUUAUGCCUCAUAAGAACGGCGACAACGGUGGUGUUAAGGUUAUGGAUAACUUUGUUCAGAUAGAAAAAAUAGGAGAAGGAACUUACGGUGUUGUUUACAAAGCUAAGGAUAAACUAACUGGAAAAUUAGUAGCUCUCAAGAAAAUUCGUCUUGAAACGGAAAGUGAAGGUGUUCCAUCCACUGCAAUUAGAGAGAUUUCUCUUUUGAAGGAACUAGCACAUCCUAAUAUCGUCCAGUUACUGGAUGUUGUUCAGGGUGACAGACACCUUUACCUUGUCUUUGAAUUUCUACAACAGGACCUUAAGAAGUUGUUGGAAUCUGUAAAAACUGGUCUGGAACCGGCUUUAGUCAAAAGUUACCUUUGGCAACUCCUUCAUGCAAUUUCUUUUUGCCACGUACACCUCAUUCUGCACCGAGACUUAAAGCCACAGAAUCUUUUGAUCGACCGGGAAGGGAACAUAAAACUAGCCGAUUUUGGAUUGGCACGAGCGUUUGGAGUCCCUGUCCGGACAUACACCCACGAAGUAGUGACUUUGUGGUACCGACCACCGGAAAUUCUUCUAGGAACCAAAUUAUACUCCACUGCUGUUGACAUAUGGAGCCUUGGAUGCAUCUUCACAGAAAUGGCGACAAAGAGGGCUCUAUUUCCUGGCGAUUCCGAGAUAGAUCAGCUCUUUAGGAUAUUUCGAACCUUAGGAACCCCAGACGAAACUGUUUGGCCUGGAGUGUCGCAGCUUCCAGAUUACAAAUCAAUGUUUCCCCGUUGGGAUGCUCGCAGUUUAGAUGAAGUCGUCUGUACCUUUGACGACGAUGCCAAAGAUUUACUCACUAAACUCCUGGCCUACGAUCCAAAUCAGAGGAUCACAGCAAUGAUGGCACUCCGUCAUCCUUACUUCAAAAAUGUAAAACUAGUUCCACCACCACUGCCAAAGAAAGACUAAACUGAAUUGAACCCCUCACCUCAUAGUUCUUCGACUAUAAUUUUUAUAAAUAUUUUAAUAAGAAUUUAAUUUAUAAUAUUUCGUAUUUUUCCAAGCGAGUACAAUCGUUAAUGGAGGAAGGCGCAUAUCAAGAUAGAAUUGAAGUUGUAACGUAAUACGCUUUUUAAAUCAGUAAAAUAAUUAGUAAUAAUAGGAGUAAUAAAGAAUUAUUUACACUUGUU